CCCCGCCCCCUGCCUCCUGCCUACUCCUGCUUCCGCUCGCAUUGUCGGGUGGUCGAGAGGAAGGAUACCGAAACGAAAAAAUGGGAGUAGAAAUUGAGACCUUAACUCCAGGCGAUGGACGGACAUUCCCAAAGAAGGGGCAGUGUGUCGUGGUGCACUAUGUCGGCACACUGGCAGAUGGAAAAGUGUUUGACUCUUCGAGGUCCCGAGGAAAGCCCUUCAAAUUUAAGAUUGGGAAACAGGAGGUUAUUCGUGGAUGGGAAGAAGGAGUAGCCCAGAUGAGUGUAGGUCAGCGGGCAAAGUUGGUUUGUUCUCCAGACUAUGCUUAUGGCCUCAAAGGACACCCAGGAAUCAUCCCACCUAACGCCACCCUCACCUUCGACGUGGAGCUGAUAAGCCUGGAAGUCUGAAACUUGUGCACUCAGCUUUGUUUAAAUUCCACUCAGAUUUCAGGGUUGACUCCUAUCUUGGGAACAUGGAGGAAAAUGUUAACAGAAGAUUCUCACUCUUGAUCCCCGCAUAGGACCUAUGUCUAUAGCUUCACUAGUUCACUCUCCUUUCCAUUUAGAUACAAAUUGUGUUACGUCACUUGCUUUAAAAAUAAUUAUCCUUCAUGCUAUGCUUUAGAUUCCAUUCUGUAAUAAGUCAUAGGCCAUCCCAUGUAUUUUGUCAUAUUCUGCUUUGUAUUUUUUAUGGUGAUGUCUUUUUUUUUAUUUGACUUAAAAUGGACAAAAAGUGUCAGCCAUCAGGACCAGGUUUUAAAUACGUGUCAUAAAUAUUUAAUCAAACUCAUUCCUGUGGCUCAGUGGCCUUUACACUCAAAUUGUAUUGAUUUGCGGGUAAGGAAUUCUCUUGAAUAAGGUGUUUGACACAACGAUAUUUCUAUGAAUUACCUUUUGUGAUACGUGUCAUCGAGCUCAAUUCAAAGUAUGGAGUAGUUUGUAACCAGGGAUUCAUGAAUCAAGCACAUUAUUGCCAUGAACAGCCUACAGUCUUUGCAGAUUUAGAGUCGUCUUCGUCUAUACUGAAGCAUCAGUUCUUAAUUUAUAAGAAUCAACAACUGUUGCUGAAAUGUUCACAACUUGACAUUUUACUUGAUUGCUUUCAAAACUUUUGAGGGUAAACUUGAUUUUCUGCCGAAAGGAGUCGUGGGGAAAUGAUUUGGUGUCUCGCGGAAAGGUUUCUAAUCUUGCAUGGUAAGUUCCCCCAAAGAGACUUGUAGGCACAUUAUGGGCUUUGUGAUUGUCUUCAUUUGAAGGAGUUGUGUGUAACAAGCUGUGGAUGUUGUAAAAGGUCUGUUCUUUACUCUAAACACAUUAAAAGAGUAAUUUUAACACUAA